AUGAACCAAUUCUUGCUGAUCUCAAGUCUGCUGGUUGUCACUGUGUUGGCUACCGAGGAGCACGUCGAAGUAGCGGAAGCGUCCGUCGAACAUGAACACGUCGUCCCGGAGGUGGCGCAGGACAUCGAACAUCACGGAUACGUGGACGACUACUAUGCGUACCCGAAGUACAAGUUCGAGUACGGCGUAAAGGACCCGCACACUGGUGACCAGAAGAGCCACUGGGAGGAACGCGACGGUGACGUCGUCAAGGGUGUCUACUCGCUGCACGAACCGGACGGCACCGAGCGGGUGGUGGUCUACCGGGCCGAUAAGCACAACGGCUUCGAGGCCCAUGUGAAGCACGUCUCGCACGAAGUCCAUCAUCCUGCGCCGCUGCACGCCCAUCAGGAGUAUUCGUAUCUGGGCGAACAUCACGGCGAGCACGGGUACAGUUACAGCAAUCAGCAUAUCGAGUAG